UUCAAUUUUCCUUUUAAUCACACAAAUAAGAUCCGUGGAGAAAAGAGAAGUCUUGAAAACUGAAAGCAAGUGACGAAAGAGUAACAUUGAUGACAAGGGCCUUAUGGGAGAAUCAAACGAUCUUGUUUCUUAGGGUUUAUAGCGCGGUGUUACUUCACUGAAACAGCGUUGCGUGCAUUGUAUUCGCGGGUAGCAUCGAUUGAUGAGGACUCUGGGAAGUAUUCGGAGCUAUGCAAAGCAUCUUCGCUUAGAUGGGGUGAAGGAUACUAUAGCCAUUGCCUCUGGCAAAGGUGGUGUGGGAAAGUCAACUACUGCUGUUAAUUUGGCAGUUGCACUUGCGAGAAAGUGUCAGCUCAAGGUUGGUUUGCUUGAUGUCGAUGUAUACGGACCCAGCAUUCCCACAAUGAUGAACAUCAAUACAAAGCCUGAAGUCACUCAUGAGAAGAAAAUGAUUCCAAUUGAAAAUUAUGGGGUCAAAUGUAUGUCAAUCGGGUUCCUUGUGGAUAAGGAUGCCCCGAUUGUCUGGAGAGGUCCCAUGGUGUCAAAUGCCCUUGAGAAAAUGACAAGGGGAGUUGACUGGGGUAACCUUGACAUUCUAGUAAUGGAUAUGCCUCCCGGGACUGGUGAUGUCCAGAUAGCUAUGUCUCAAAAUCUGCAAUUAUCAGGUGCACUCAUUGUUUCAACACCCCAAGAUGUUGCAUUAAUGGAUGCCAGGAGGGGAGUAAAAAUGUUCAAUAAAGUUGAUGUUCCGAUUUUGGGAAUUGUGGAAAACAUGAGCUGCUUUAAGUGUCCCCAUUGUGGCGAACCUUCAUACAUAUUUGGUAAAGGAGGGGCUCAUGGGACAGCCUCCGAAAUGGGAUUAGAAUUUUUAGGCGAGGGACUUCAUUGAAUGAAGCAACUGAACAGACUUCUUAGGGUCUAUUUGGAUGGACCUCUUCAAACAGACUUUUAAAAGAGAAAAAAUAUGAAGAAAAAAUUAAAUUGUUUUCUGCAUAAAUUAAUAUUAAUUUAUGCUCAAGUUGAAAAUAAAAAUUUGGAGAAACUAUAUGAGAGAGAUUAAUAUAACUUAUGCAUAUGUUAAAUUUAACUUAUGAACAAAUUAAUUUUAUUUUUUCUUAUUUUCUUUAUUAGAAGUCUCUAUGGAGAAAUUUGUCAGAACAGAGCCUUAGUCACUUAGUGAUAGAUCUUUUUAGACUUAAGUAUUUUUUUGUCCUAUUAUUUAUUUAUUUUGUUCAGUUUGGUUUCUCUAUUGAUAAAAUAUUCAAUCAAGUCCCUCAAUUUUAAAAUGCAACUAUGUGAUCCUUCCAAGGUUCAAUCAAGUUUCUCAAUUUUUAAAAAUGCAAUAACAUGUCUCUUUUCUUUGUUUAAAUUGACAUAAUGGAUUUUAUAAAUUAUCAGUGGGCAUUGGUAAUAAAUUGUAUUGUGUAAAAUAAAUCAUCAAUAUUUGCUUAUUAACGAUUUUUCAGCUAAUUGGAAAGUGGUGUAUGCUUCUGAGAGGCCCCAUGGGCUGUUGCCUUUUUAUCUCACUGCAUUCAUCCUCCAAUUUUUUAGAUUUGGUCUCUCUUCUAUGUAAUCUACAAAUCCUAUGGUGCCUGUGGAACUGUUGUGGUGGGGAAUGUCCCUAGUUGUUAUACUUGUUGCUCUGGUUCCCUUUCCCACCUUUUUAAAAAUUGAGGGAUUUUGUGGAACUAUUUAUUAGUAAUGAGACAAAGAUGAUUAAGCCAUCCUUUUAUAACUUUUAUGAGACAACUAAUCAGUGUUGACUUAUCUUUGCUGCCUUUGAGCAUGAGGAAUGAGUAUUUAACUAUUCUAAUGUGUAAAGUACAUCCACAAGCUUCUGGUUUCUGAUUAACCAAAUCGAAUUUAUUUAUUGGGUAUUUCUGACAUGUUUUGAAUUU